AUGGACUUGGGACGUGCAUUGGGCUCGACCGGCAAACAGUUGCUGGAUAGACUGCAGAGUCUUGCCAUAUCCCUUGGCAUGACCUCUAUCCCAGUCAGCGUUAUCAAGAGGCUCGUCUUGUCGAGUUUGGCUAAUAUCGAAGUCGGCACCCUAGAGGUUCAGUCACAUGAUGGCGAAACAUGGAAUUUUGGCCAUGACAAAAGGGGACGAAAAGGCUUUUUACGUAUUCAGAGUGAGGCCUUCUGGUUUCGAGUGCUUGUAUCGGCUGAUCUUGGCUUCGCGGACUCCUUUAUGCUAGGAGAAUUCACAACUCCAGACUUGAUGGCACUAUUGGAGGUUUUCAUCCUAAAUGAGAAGCAGCUAUCCAACCUCAGCACGACGCCUUAUCAACUUGUGUCUGGUAUUUCCGAUGUUCUAUUCCGCACCGUCGACACAGGCACGUUCAAAAAUGCCAGCCUCAACAUGGCAGCCGCGUAUGAUUUGUCCAAUGGAAUGUUUGAGGCUUUCCUGUCCCCCGAUAUGACCUACUCCUGCCCCAUAUGGCUGCCUAGAUCUCACUCUCAGUAUGAGAGCGACACCUUGGAAGACGCGCAGAUGAGAAAACUGGACCAAAUCCUCGCGAAUGUGCAUGCGCAGCCCACUGACCACAUCCUAGAGAUGGGUACAGGUUGGGGUAGUCUGGCUAUCCGGGCUGCCACUACCGUCGGCUGCCGUGUGACUACAUGCACAUUGUCAGAGAUGCAGUUCCAGCGUGCGCGAAAGCGCGUCCAGGCCCUCGGGCUCCAGCAUAAGAUCACUGUAUUACUUUGCGACUAUCGCUUGCUCCCUGUUCCGGAUGUUCCAUAUGACAAGAUCAUUGCCAUAGAGAUGAUGGAAGCCAUGGGGGACCACGAGCUGGAGACAUUCUGGGAAACGGUUGACAAGUUUCUCAAGCCUGAUGGAGGUGUCUGCUCCGUCCAAUCGUCUAUCAUGCCGGAGUCGAGAUACAAGCAUAUGUUCCCAAGGGGCGAGGGAUUCAUUCGUCGUUAUAUCUUCCCAGGGGGGCACUGCCCAAGCGUCACCAGAUUAUUAGAAGCGGUGCAAAAGUCCAAGGCUCGGCUCGACUUGGACUCUGUAGCACAAUAUGGCGCUCACUAUGUGCGAUGUCUUAAUGAGUGGAAUCAGAAGUUUCAGACCAAUUUCGGAAGUGUUAUUGCCCCUCUCAUGCGGGAGAAAUAUGACUUGUCAGACGAUGACAUUGGAAUCUUUCGCAGAAAAUAUAUGUAUUACUUCACCUAUGCUGCAGCUGGAUUUGACACUAAGAUUUUGCACCUCUCCCACGUCACCUUCAGUCGCCCUGGUGCCGUGGAGAUGUUAGCGGACGUUUAG